UCAUCAAACUCAUCUCGGGGUAGCUGAUAGGGUUGGUUGUACCUGAGGUGGACACACACACCUGAGCGAGCGACAGAUAGACAGAGAGAGAGAGAGAUGUACACAGUGGUCCUGCUCUCCUCCUCUCUGUUUCUCCUGCAUGUGACCUGCACGCCUCAGAUUCACGGUCACCACGGGAGGAGAGUGUGUGUUGGAGAUGCUUGGAGUCGUCGUGUGUCUUACAGCACAGAGUCGUUUCUUCAGCCCGUACACAAACCCUACAUCACCAUGUGCCAAAACCACCGCAUGUGUAGCACGUACAAGACAAUCUACAGGGUUUCUUACAGGCAGGUGAGCAGAGCAGCUCCUAAUUUACACAUUUACCCAGAAUGCUGUCCGGGAUGGCGACGCAUGCAUUCACACAACUGUAACCAAGGUAAACGGACGUCUGAAAGUGUUUUCCUGUGGAUUUAUACCUGCAUGUGUAUGUGUGUGUAUUUACAUAUGUCUCUUUCUCUAGCGGUGUGUGAGCAGUCUUGUGCAAAUGGAGGCUCGUGUGUAAGGCCUAAUCACUGUGCAUGUCCGAGAGGAUGGACGGGACGAUACUGCCAAACAGAUGUGGAUGAGUGUAAGGAAGGUCAUCGCUGCUCACAGAAGUGUGUGAAUACGGUGGGGAGUUAUCGGUGUGUGUGUCAGGACGGAUUCAGUCUGGCUGAAGAUGAAAUAACAUGUUCAAGAAUUCCUGCUCCCUCCCCGCUGCCCGCCGGGGCUCCAAAAGCAGAUGCUGGUGGAGGUUUGGGAUUGGUGGCAAACGUUACCGAAGAAGUUCAGAUCCUUAAAAACAGAGUGGAGCUCCUCGAGCAGAAACUAGAGAUGGUUCUGGCUCCCUUCACCACGCUCUUCCCCUUGGAUGGUAUGGGAGACACUAACAGCUUCCUGCCCGAGAGGACCAACUUCCUGUCGCAUUCUCUGCAGCAACUAGACCGCAUCGACUCGCUCAGUGAGCAGGUCGGGUUCCUGGAGGAGCGUAUCGGAGCCUGUGCCUGCCAGGAAAACUAGACGAUCAAAGAUGGGCUGCAUCCUCAAGUGAAACCAAUAGCUGAGAAGUCUAAAUGAACAACCGCAGCACUGAGGGCCUGAGCCCUGUAAAAAUGUUCAAUCCACUCAAAAAACAUAUAUAGGAAAACACAAUAUCAAACACACAAACUCCUUUUGGCCAUUGGAGUUUUCUGGCCCAUGAGCUGGAGCUUUGAUUGUUUCGUAAUAUUUUUCAGUGUAUUUCUUUCAUUUAAUUCUUGGUGUAAGUGCAGCUGUACGGUCUCUCCAUGUUUAAGUCUGAGUUAAGAGAAAUGUAAAUUUAUGUAUUUAUAAGUCCAUGUUCUUCUCCCGAGUAUUGCUAUUGGGAAAACAAUACAAAAUUGUAUCACUUUUUUAAACACUGUUAUGUUUCAAUUUUUGUAAUAAAACUAUUUAAACUUCGAGUGUUU